AUGGCGACUUCUUUUUCUUCAACAUUUUCAGUCACGGGCUUGAAGAAGCUCACCUUCUCAGAUCAGUUCAUAUCCUCUGCCCGGACAAAGAUUGCGUCCCCAUUCGGUUUAGGCGUUGUGUUCUCUUUCAUUUUCCUCACCGUAAUUUUGUUCAGUUUCUCAUCCAAAGGUCCAGAUUUUAGCCCUCUGUUUCAAGGGCUCUACAGUUUUGCUUCACAAAAUAACAAUAGUUCUUCUCUUUCUUCACCCUUUGGGUCUCCACAGAGCCCUGUGAACGCUUCCCUUGAGGCAAAUGCUAAAGGAAGUGAUAGAAUUGUAGAUUCAGUUGAUGAAAACGAGGAUCUUGAGGGUGCCCACUUGGGAAAUGAGACUGAAUAUAAUAAAAAUGGAAGCUUUGUUGUUGUUGAAGAUGGAGGGAAAGUGGUGAAAAGGGGUGAAGAUGUGAGUGGUUUUCGUAGUGAUGUGAAAAAUGAAAGUGUUAGUGGCAAAAGUGAACAUGGUCGAGAGGAUUGUGUUGGGGGUGUUGGGCACGGUAAUCGAUCGUGUGGAGCCGAAGUUGCUGAACUUGCAGAUACUAAUGGUGAUUUGAGGAGUAAUGGGACAAAGGGUUUUUCUGCAAGUAGUAGAUCUUUCAAGAACUGUGAUGUUUUCGAUGGAAGAUGGGUGAGAGAUGAUACAAUGCCGUAUUACCCACCGGGUUCAUGUCCGUAUAUCGACAGGGAUUUUGAUUGCCAUGCAAAUGGGAGGCCAGAUGAUGAGUAUGUAAGAUGGAGAUGGCAGCCGUAUGAUUGUGAAAUCCCGAGGUUCAAUGCAACUGAUUUUCUUGAGAGGCUGAGAGGAAAAAAGUUGGUGUUUGUUGGGGACUCUCUAAAUAGGAACAUGUGGGAGUCACUCGUUUGUGCCCUCCGCCAUGGCGUUGAGGACAAAACCCGAGUUUAUGAGAUUUCAGGAAGACAUGAAUUCAAGAAGAAAGGAUUUUAUGCCUUCAGGUUCGAGGAUUAUGACUGCUCGGUGGACUUUGUUAGUUCUCCUUUUCUUGUAAAGGAAUCAACUUACAGUGGGAAAAAUGGCUCGUUUGAUACCCUCAGAUUGGAUUUGAUGGAUAAUACCACUUCCAUGUACCACGAUGCAGAUGUUAUAAUUUUCAAUACCGGGCAUUGGUGGACUCAUGAAAAAACCUCACGCGGUGAAGACUAUUACCAAGAAGGUAACUAUGUUCACCCAAGACUUAAAGUUUUGGAAGCAUUCAAGCGAGCACUUGCCACUUGGGCUCGUUGGGUCGAUAAAAAUAUCGACGUUAACAAAACUGAAGUUAUUUUCAGAGGAUAUUCGGUCACGCAUUUUAGGGGCGGACCUUGGAACUCGGGAGGCCAAUGCCACAAGGAAACGGAGCCGAUAUUCAACGAGACUCACUUGGUAAACUACCCCUCGAAAAUGAAGAUAUUGGAGUACGUGCUAAAGGGUAUGAAAACUCCAGUCACGUAUCUCAACAUAAGCCGUCUCACAGACUACAGGAAAGACGGGCACCCCUCGAUUUACAGGCCGGACUACCAAGCAGCUCAGCAAGAAAUACAUGCACAAGACUGCAGCCAUUGGUGCCUGCCGGGCGUGCCCGAUACUUGGAACGACUUGCUUUAUGUGUCUCUGUUAAAGCGGGGUCAAUGCUCUUGGAGGAAUUGA